AUGGCUCUGAAAAGCCUUGCAACAGCCCUGCUGGCAUUCGCCUUCGGUGCUCUUUUUGCCCUGGUGGCACAGCACGGUUUUGACUCUGGUGCUCCAGCAGCGCGGAGACUGGCUGACUUCUCAAACUGGAGGCCCUGGAGUCGCCUCCGCUUGGCCGAUUUCGGCCUUUGGGCCGAAGAGGAGCUUUCUGAGGCGCUGGAUGCUAUCCAGUCAGAGCUCAAUUCGCGCAGUAGGGGCGCGCUGCCUACGUCCAGGCUGCCUUCAGAUACUGUUGCAGCCUCCGCGGUGCCGACCUCGCACUUCAAGUACGUCCACAAGCACACCUACGCCACUGGAGACCCCAAGGCGAAAGUGUUUCUAUGCCAUUUCAGGUUCGAUUCUUUGCCAUACCUGGGCUAA